CCGGUCCGUUGAGGGCUGUUAGUAUCAUGGGAUCCCCGGGCGCCCCGCCUUCCUAUAGGUAUAUAAACUGGCUGCAAGAGAAACAAGUCAACAUUAGCUUUGACAGGAAUCAUGUCACUUUUCACACUUCGCUGGGGCAUCAUCUCCACGGGUUGGAUCGCAGAACAAGUUGUUUCGGAUUUGCUUGUUGAUCCUACCACGUACGAGCUCACGAGUUUCCUCAGGCGUGGUACCAAUGAUGUGGUGCACAAAGUGACUGCUGUAGGCUCCCGAAGCGUCGAGAAGGCACAGAAGUUUAUCAAUGAGUUUGUAAAUGGUGACAAGACCGUAAAAGCGUAUGGAACGUAUGACGAGGUCUAUGCAGAUAAGAAUGUAGACGCUAUUUACAUAGGCACACCCCACACGUACCAUUACACAAACGCUUUGGAUGCGCUCAAGGCAAAAAAGCAUGUACUAUGCGAGAAACCAGUGACCUGCAACGCUGCCGAACUGCGUUCACUCAUCGCAACGGCGAAAGAGAAUGGGGUUUUCUUCAUGGAAGCACUAUGGACGCGUUUCCAGCCACUCGCAAAGGAAGUCAAAGAGCUCAUUGACUCCGGCACACUUGGCCUGCCUGUGGUUGUCCAUGCUGAUUUCUCCGUCGACUUUGGCAUUGACAAAUUGCCCCUGACUCACCGCAUGCUCGAUCCCAAGCUCGGUGGGGGUGCGAUUCUUGACCUUGGUCCGUAUCCUCUAAUCUGGACGAUUCUUGCUCUCUACGAGCACCCCGCCAAUAAGCGCACGAAGCCUUCAAACGUCACCGGUACAAUGUACAAAACACCGAUCACGGGAGUCGACUGCAACACGUCAUACAUCAUCACCUUCUCUCCCAACUCCAGUACAGGCUCUACUCUCGCCGCACAGGCAAUCCUGAGCUGUAGUAUGAACGUAGCGUCCCACAACCCAGGCGUUACCAUCCGCUUUGAGAAAGGGACUAUCAUGAUCGACGCGCCGGUACCUUGUCCACUCAGGUAUACCGUGCAAUACUUCCAAGAGGGUAAGCCAGGCGAAAUCGCGCGCGAGGAUACCCGGACGUUUGAGUACGUCGGUUCGGGCUGGCAUUUCCAGGCCGAUGAGGUUGCACGAUGUGUCAGGGACGGAAAGCUUGAGAGUGAGCUGUGGAGUCAUGACAAGAGCAUUUUAGAAAUGGAAGUUUUCGAUGAGGCGAGUUUGCAUCGCUGGGUUCGCCACCAGGGAGGCUACAAAUUCCCUGACGGUAUUGAGAAGGUGCUACUCCCUGUGCGCUGUGGGCAGGGGGGGCCCAUGAAUUUCAGUAGGGGAAAACAUCGAAAGACAAUAUUGAGGCUCGUGGGUUUAGUGUCCAAACACUGA